AUGCUCUCGCUGACCCGCUCGCUGACGCGCGGCUUUGCGUCGUCUGGCGCGUCCGUCGGUCGCAUCACGCAGAUCAUCGGCGCCGUCGUCGACGUCCAGUUCACCAACAACCUGCCGCCGAUCCUCAACGCGCUCGAGGUGCAGAACACGAACGACAACGUCCGCAUCGUGCUCGAGGUCGCGCAGCACCUCGGCGAGAACACGGUGCGCACGAUCGCCAUGGAGGGCACGGACGGUCUCGUGCGUGGCCAGGAGUGCGUCGACACGGGCAACCCGAUCAUGGUGCCCGUCGGCCCCGAGACGCUCGGCCGCAUCAUGAACGUGAUUGGCGAGCCGGUCGAUGAGCGUGGCCCGAUCCACUCGGCGGCCAAGGCGCCGAUCCACUGCGCCGCGCCGCUCUACACGGAGCAGGGCUCGGGCGCCGAGGUGCUCGUGACGGGCCUCAAGGUCGUCGAUUUGCUUGCGCCGUACGCCAAGGGUGGCAAGAUUGGUCUUUUCGGCGGUGCCGGCGUCGGCAAGACGGUCGUCAUCAUGGAGUUGAUCAACAACGUGGCCAACAACCACGGUGGUGUGUCGGUGUUUGCCGGUGUCGGCGAGCGCACGCGCGAAGGCAACGACUUGUACCACGAGAUGAUCGAGUCGGGUGUGAUCAAGCUCAACGCGGACGGCACGACGACGGGCUCGAAGGCUGCGCUCGUGUACGGCCAGAUGAACGAGCCGCCGGGUGCCCGCGCCCGUGUCGGUCUUACGGGUCUGACGGUCGCCGAGUACUUCCGUGAUGCGUGCUCGGAGGUGUCGGCCCUUCUCGGUCGUAUCCCGUCGGCCGUCGGUUACCAGCCGACGCUGGCGACGGAUCUUGGUGCGCUCCAGGAACGCAUUACGUCGACGCUCAAGGGUUCGAUUACGUCGGUGCAGGCCAUUUACGUGCCGGCCGAUGAUCUUACGGAUCCGGCGCCGGCCACGACGUUCUCGCACUUGGAUGCGACGACGGUGUUGUCGCGCCAGAUUUCGGAGCUCGGUAUCUACCCGGCCGUCGAUCCGCUCGACUCGAAGUCGCGCAUGCUCGACCCGCGUGUGAUUGGUGACGAGCACUACGAGGUUGCCCGCGCGACGCAGAAGCUCCUCCAGGACUACAAGGGUCUCCAGGAUAUCAUUGCCAUUCUCGGCAUGGACGAGUUGUCGGAAGACGACAAGCUCACGGUCGCGCGCGCGCGUAAGGUGCAGAAGUUCAUGUCGCAGCCGCUCCACGUCGCCGAAGUGUUUACGGGCAAGCCGGGCAAGUUUGUGGCGCUCGCGGAGACCGUCUCGUCGUUCAAGGCCAUCCUUGCCGGCGAGUACGACGACCUCCCGGAAGCCGCCUUCUACAUGGUCGGUGGCAUUGAGGAAGUCAAGGAGAAGGCCAAGGCCCUCGCCUCCGAGUUGGACGAGUAA